AUCUUUUUUAUCUUUGUAUUACUCUGGUAUAAGUCAGUUUCCAAUUCAUACUCCAACCUCCUCGAUAUAUACUCCGCACCAUUCGUUCCCCUCAACACUGACAACAUCACACUCAUUUUUAACAUUAUAUUCUCAAAUUCUCAUAUUCUCUUCUUCCAAGUUCCCCAGUCACACAAAUACUACUCCCACUAUAUCCACUAGACACAAUGAUCCCCCUCCCCACCUCCUUCUCCCAAAUCCCCCGCUACCCCCUUCUCUACCCAACCCCCUCCCCCAUCCACCCACUCCCAACCCUAACCAGAACCCUCCUCCAAUCCCCAUACACUAUCCCCAAGACCACCCUCACCACCACCAACAAAAACAUAAACACAAACAUAAACAUAACCCUACACCUCAAACGCGAAGACCACGCCUCCCCUCUAACCUCCAGCGGCAACAAAUACCGCAAACUCGAGUACCUAAUACCGGACAUUCUCUCCCCGACACCCAAAUACGGCUCUCUAGCACCAGGACCCGAUCACGGAACCCUCACAUCCACCACAGCAUCCCCAGAAAACCAACAGAAAAAUAACCACAAACAGAAUAAAGAAGAAGUAACCCUAGUAACCGAAGGCGCCCUCCAAAGCAACCACACCAUCCAAGUAACCAGCAUCGCGAACCACCUGAACCUCCCACGGCCGGUGAUUAUCCUCCACAAGGUGACGGGGGGCGGGUACGCCCAAGUACCAGACAAGAGUCUGUUCGAGAGGACAGGGAAUGUCCAAGUUGCGAAGUUGUUAGGGGCUGAUGUGAGGGUCUUGGAUUCAGCUACCGUCUCAACAUCCACAUCUUCUACAAAUCAAGAUCAAGACGAGGACCAAGAUGAAGUCCACACCCUCUUCACAACCCUCCAAUCCGAAAACAAACAUCCCUACUGGAUCCCCUCGGGCGCAAGCCUCCACCCCCUAGGCGGACUGGGCUACGCGCGAUGCGCAUUCGAAAUAGCGUACCAGGAAACCCAACCACAACUACUAUCAGAGGCCCCCAAACUCGGAAGAAUAGAUUACAUCUUCGUGGCAUGCGGCAGCGGCAGCACUCACGGAGGAUUAAUCGCGGGAUUGAAACUCCUCGAGAGGCACGAACAAAAAGAUACCAGCACUGCCCACCGCCCGCCACGAAAAGUCAUCGGCGUGCUCACGUCCCCAACACGCCCACGCAGCUACCACGAGAACAGAGUAUUGCAGUUUGCGCGCCAAGCGGGAAGACUCAUCGGGAUCGAGGAUGUGGAGAGGGAGAUAACGAUGGAGGAUGUGCAUAUUGAUGAGCGGUUCGCGGGCACGGCGUAUGGGGAGGUGGAUGAUCAGACGGGGGAUAUGGUGCGGUUGAUGGCGAGGGAGGAGGCGGUGUUGUUGGAUCCGGUGUAUACGGGGAAGGUGGCGAGGGGGAUGGUGCAUUGGGUGAGGGCGGGGGAGGGGGGAGGGGAGGGAGAUGGGGUCGGUGUUAAUGUGUUGAUGGUGCAUACGGGGGGACAGUCUGCUUUGAGUGCGUACGUGGAUGUUGUGUAG